AUGUCUUCCAUCUCUAUCUAUCUCCUAACAUUUGCUGUCCUUCUCCAAACCAUUUUCGGAGCCAGCUCAUAUCUCAACAUCUGUUCAAGCUCUGACAACUACCCAUCAAUGACCCUUAUGACCAUCAAUGACCCUUAUGAAUCAAGCCUAAGAAAGCUCUUGGGCAAUCUUUACUACCAAACCCCUCCUCAGGGCUUUGGUCUUGGCUCAGUGGGUCAGGAUCCCUACAAAGCUUAUGGUAUUGCUCUUUGUCGUGGUGACGUUGAAGCCACAGGCUGCAGGACUUGUGUCAAUGAGGCCAGCAGCGAAAUUCACAAACGCUGCCCAUAUAAUAAAGGUGCGAUUAUAUGGUACGAUAAUUGUCUUGUGAAGUACGUCAACACUGAUUUCCUUGGCAAAAUUGACGAUCAAAACAAGUUUUAUAUGUACAACUUGCGAAAUGUUAGCGAGCCUACAACAUUCAACCAAAAAACAAGGGAGUUGUUGAGCCUACUGGCUAAAGAUGCAUCUGAGACUCCAAAACUGUAUGCAGCUGGAGAGCUAGAGCUCGAAAAAUCAAAGAAGCUCUAUGGCUUGGCCCAAUGCACUAGGGACCUUUCUGGAAGUGAUUGUUUUAAGUGUCAUGAUGGAAUAAUUGGUGAACUUCCUCGUUGCUGUGAUGGGAGAGAAGGUGGAAGAGUUGUUGGAGGGAGUUGCAACAUAAGAUAUGAGAUUUAUCCUUUUGUCACUGCUUAG